AUUCGCUUUCAGUCUAGAGGAGUUAUUACAGGAAUCUUUGUUUUACACUAAUCAAUCCAGCUUUCUCUGACUUCAGGUCAGAGGAAACGGUUACAAUUUUGGCUGCCUUCGUCAGGUUUACCAUGGGUCACAACUAAUUGCUGCCUCUCAUGGCCAAGAUCCUGGGUGACAGCACUGUAUUCACUUCUCCAAUAUUCUGUAUUCUCUCACUGUUUUGCCAGAACGUGGGCAGACAUCGCUAGCAGUCCUAUUUUGGUCUCAGUCUUCUCCUCAUUUAGUUGCAUGAUUAAAUUAUAACUCCUUACAUCAUUUAUGUUUAACAAAGCAGCUGGCUCCCAGAUUUGUGUUCCCUGAUAUCCUCAGGCUGCUAUUGUGCCUAUGGCAAGGUAGGAGGAUGGGAACUCUCAGCAAAUCUUCCUUUGCACCAGACUGGUGUAAGCACAUUUUCUACCCUUUCAGUUCUCUGUCUUUCUCUGUUUCUUCCUGCUUCCCUAACCUGACUCCAGCAUUUUUGGUCAUGCCCAACAGGUUAGCAGAGGGUCCUGGACAUGCAGGUCCCUGCAUGGCCACCAUGUAAUUUUCUUGUGUCAGAUGAUGCUGAGAAAACCUUCUUUGGUCUCUUCCUUUUUUUUUGUUCCUCGGUAACAGUGGAGAGGAUGCACACCAAAGAAAAGAUUGCCUACCAACUUCCUAGUUGCCCUGGGAACAUUUGUCUAAACUUGCAUCUUAAAAGCACCGUUCUUCAGAGACACCUCUCCUGGUCUUCUCAAAGCAUCCAUCAAAAGCACGUCCUUGGAUGGUACAUGAAAGCAGCAGCCUCCAUUUCCAAACAUUCUGCUUUAAACCUGUUGCCUGGUUAUUCCUCUUCCAUCAAACUGUAUCUAUUUCACACAGAAAUGUAUCUACAGAGGUAUUUAGUGUUUUCUUAAUAUUCUUCAUUCCAGGAACAUGCAUGAGAAAGUACAUUCCCAGGAGUAACAGGAGUAGGAUAUUUUAAACAUAAAAUCGCACAGAUCAAAAUAGAACUCUGCUGCAACCUGCUCACCCCAAGGACCUGCAUUCAACAGAACCGGUCCCAGUUCCCAGCAGUCGUGUACACCACUGAAGGAAAAUGGACAUACUGAACAGCCACCACUUUUUGUACUUUCUGCCUACCACACGCCUUGUCAUCUUAUUAGCAGCUUUGACAACUGCUGAGGAUGUGACUAACAGCACUUUCAACCGCACUGACAUAAAUACAGGAUCUGUGCCUGUGGUGAUCUCCCGCAUCGACCAUAUUAUAGUCAAGGAGGGCAGUAGUGCCUUGAUCGACUGCAAUGUCCAAGGUAGUCCUAGUCCACGUUACAGGUGGUACAAUUCCAAUGGUCGCCUGCUCCAAGAGGAGGAGAAUAAAGGAAAAUGGUGGUUUCUUGACAACGGGCUACUAAACAUUACCAGGGUGUCUUUUGAAGACAGAGGUAAAUACACAUGUGUCGCAUCUAAUACAUAUGGCAGCGUUAACAAUACUGUGACACUGAGGGUUGUUUUUACCUCUGGAGAUAUGGGAAUCUAUUACAUGAUUGUCUGCCUUGUAGCUUUUACCAUUGUUAUGAUACUGAACAUUACUCGCUUAUGUAUGAUGAGCAGUCAUCUGAAAAAAACUGAGAAAGCAAUCAAUGAAUUCUUUAGAACAGAAGGGGCAGAGAAACUUCAGAAAGCCUUUGAGAUUGCGAAGCGUAUCCCAAUUAUCACAUCAGCCAAAACACUCGAGCUUGCCAAAGUAACCCAGUUCAAGACCAUGGAAUUUGCUCGCUAUAUUGAAGAGCUUGCUCGGAGCGUACCUUUGCCACCUCUCAUCAUGAACUGCAGGACUAUAAUGGAAGAAAUUAUGGAGGUUGUUGGUCUGGAGGAGCAAGGACAGAAUUUUGUACGUCAGGCAGCAGAAGGCCAGGAAACCACUGAAACAGAUGAGCUAUAUAUGAUCCCAAAUGCUUUGACACGCAGUGACUCUCCCACAGCUGACUCAGACGCAUCGUCACUGCAUGAGCCACCUCAACAGAUUGCAAUAAAAGUGUCAGUUCACCCGUUGUCCAAAAAGGACUGCAUGGAUGGUCAGUCACAGGAAAGCAUGCAGUUGGACACCAAGGAAGAAGACACUCUUCAAACACCAGCACUUCCUGCAGAGCCGCCUCCUGAGACUUCUGCUGAACUCAGUUCUGAUGACACAGCAUUGGCAAAUGACACAAAUACAUGUGUUAUAUAUGAAAGCCAUGUAUGAUAGUUACUCCUGAAUCUAUGCAUAGCAGGAAAAUCAGGUGGAGCUCUUUUAAAAAUACAUAUUGUACUUGCCGCUAAGCCUUACCUGGAGACUAUCAUAGCAAAAGCAUGUAAGUGGAUUAUUUGGCACUUUCUUCUCAGUUUGAGUUUCGUUUACCAUGAUGUAUGGCAGAGUAAUUGCUAUUACAUUAAUAUUAAUUGCUCUCUUUGAUUAGGAGUAUUUCCAAGAAACAUUUACCUCAGCAUUUUCUAGGUUGGAGUCACCUGUAGUGGCCUCCUGGAAGUCACUGAUAGUCUUUGAUGAAGGACACUUGAACUUACUAAAUAUAAAACUGGUUUGCAUCUUCCUCCUUCACUCUUGUUAUUUCCCUCUAUUGCAUUUUUGCAGAUAUUAACUUGUGAAUUUGAAAUAUUGCCCAAGAGGCAGCACUCCAAUAGCCAAAUAAAAUCGUAAUAGAUCCCAUUUACAAAGCCUGUUUGCUCAGCUACAUUGUGAUUUAGAGGGCUAUUAAAGAAAGUUAAAAUGUUUCCAUUUCAUUUGUGACCACACUGCCUAGGCACAUGGAAAAUAGUUUUCUCUUUUCCAUGGAACAAAGAUGCCAACAAUUGUUUGUUUUGCAUGGAGGAACAACUUUGAGGUGUAUUUUACAGAUGGGAAAGCCCAUAAACAUCUUACAGAAAGUUGCAGUCCAACAUCUCUGCAAGGUUUUUUUGCAUAUAUUUUUUACCUUGCCAGAAUUUUAUAUGCCAAACAGCUGCAAAUAUGCAAGAUGUCUUGUUUUGAAGUAAUUUGGAAGGAAUAAGUAUGUACUACUUUACCAGAAGAUAUGCAGAUUCCUUAACAGUCCUGCAAAUGGCAGUAAUCAGUUGAUGACAAGGCUCAAAUGGCAAAAUACCCUUUUACUGGGAUUCUUAAUUUUGUGCAAAUUCAGAUUCUGAAGAUCAAGCCUAAGUUCGCAUAUAAGCAUCAGUUUGAGAGUGUUGUAUCCAAACUGGAAAAAAAAAUAUAAUCAAGUGUCCUGAGAAAUUACAAUGACAGUCAUGCAAACUGUUUAGUGUGAUACAAUUGCUUUGGUAUUUUAAGAACCUCCUACCUAUGUAGAAUGUUCACUGCUUGAGUACAUGUGACUCUACCCCAGUAAAGCUUUAAUGAUCACAGCAAUCGUGGUGUUAAAAAGGAUCAACAUUUAUGCCAGGAAGUGCCAGGAGUGGAAGUGAUAAUUUCUGUUGCAGACAGACAAUAAAAAGGACCUCCUCUGCAGUGAGUCUGGAAAGCAAGCUCUUACCAGGAGGAGUUCGUGUAGGGUUAAUAUUACUUAAUUACCUGACACAUUUUGUUUGGAACUAAUGAACAAACUAUCACCCUAUAGUUUUUAAAAAGAGUUUUAGUGUAAGUAUAGAUACUUAAAAUAAAUCCAGAAUCAAGCAUAGCGCAGAAAAAGAAGUCUCUUAGGUCUCUGGGGAGACGAUGUAUGGAUAGCUCUCUGGACAUUUUAGUGAAGUAGCCACAUCUACAUAAGGUGCCUGUUGGAGGCAAUCAGUUAUAUUAACUGGUAAUCAGGACCAGACAAAGUCGAUGUUGCAGCUAUCUAAAAGAACCCUUGAUAAUUAACUGAGGGUUUAUGUCAGCUUCCUCAUGUUAAAGUGCAGAGCCUCACUAGCAGUGUAAUAUAGUAACACUCCAUGACUUAUGUAGGUGAUGCAGAGAAGGCUCCAUAUUUACCUAUCUAUGGUUACUAAAAAAAAAAUGACAUGUUUAAUAAUGGACUUCAGAUUUUACAACCAACUUCUGAAAAAUUGCAUCAUUCAGUUGCCUCAUGUUUGUGCUCACCACAGUGGCAGGUUUCUAUACAAAAUAAUUUGCACAUGCCCUAAAGGAAACAUGCAAGGGCAAAGUCCCUUUAGGAAUGUGGCUGGAAAUAUUUUAGUUCCAGCAAAGCAAUAUAAAUCUAGAACAUAAAGUAGAUUAAGAGAAUACCAUAAAGAACCUCACUUCUGACCAGUGUGAUUGAAAAUACUGUUGAUGCAAACUGUUAACUUCUUGUCUGAGUCCAAAGUACAUUUCUGUUUAGUGUUCACAUCAGUUUUUCGAGUUAUUUAAUUUGCUUCUCGUAUGAAAAAGGACAAGGGUAGAAACAAAAGCAGGAACUUGCACUAAAUUCUUUUAAUUCACUUUAACCUCCUGAAAAGAGGCAUCUUGAUUUUUCUGCCUGUCCAGCAUUUACAGACAUGCUCAGGCAUUCUGAAGUUUCCUACCUGGUGCCCAACUAAGAUUGCACAGAUAAGCAAGGAUGUUCUCCUUAAAGCAUACUUAAAAAAAAAAAAAAAAGUUAUGAAAAUAUUUAUUAAACUGAAGUAUUUUAAUUUUAAUUGUUUUUUAACUAUGAAAUUUUUACAGUAGAGAUCAUGUAUUCCCUUGGUGUUUGUUACCAGGCAGUUCUGACCCUGACUGCUUCCCUCAGGCUGUCCUUCAGCCUGUUUAGUAUGUAUUUAUUGAGAAACAUUUGAGAGCAAACGAUCACCAUGGUUUUCUUCAGUAUCUUCCUUGAAGAUACCGAUGAUGUUUUUUUCCAAAGUUUUCCCACAAGGGGCGUGUAUUUGAAGUACCCACAAACGCACAUUGCAAACCACGUAUGAGCAACAGGCACUUGGAUUAGGUACAUACAAUUUGUGUAGUGCUGGAUUCCUGCAGUUGCAGGGUCAAAGGGAACCCUGAAUUUGCUGGAGCUGGACUCACUUCAAACUGAGAGUUCAUGGGUAUAACCAGUCAGCUAUAAAUUCUUUGGACAUUUAACUUUGUGGUAUUAUUGGAAUAAAAGCCGAACAGCGCUGUAGCUGAAGAAAAUAGAGAUUGUAACCAACGGUUUUGGUUUAUGUAUUUUUUUUGUGUUUUCAUGUAUGCUGCUCAAUAUCUUUAUGGAUCCAUCCUGUGACACCUCUAAGCCUAAAGCUUUUUAUAUGCUUUGAGGCACUUCCUUUGUGGGAGACAGAUGGGAAGCCAGAUCCAAACCCAUCUUUCCUGUUCCAAACUCUCUGCCUGUGCUCUAUUAUGAAGUAAACUAUUGUGUCUUGCAGUAUUUCUUAGUGAAUGGCUAUUUUAUGGUGCAAGAACACAAUUGACAAAUAUAAAAUUAAUGAAGGCUCUAAGAAAACAUUAACAUUUGGAUUCUUAAGUAUUUUCAUGCACCUUAAGCACUUCAGGGACAUUAAUCUGUUCCCAUCAUUUGGCUAUGCACACCUUUUGUUACAUUGUUCUAUUUCUUGUAUCACCAAACACUAAAGGUUCUUAAAACACUCAGAAUCUGGAAAACCCAGUCCAACUGAAAUUGUGUUCUGAAAGCAUAAAGAACACAAAGCCAGGCUUAGAAAGGAAAAGAGAUUUGCAUGAUAUAUUUAUACCAUUUUCAAAUAUUUUUGCCAAAAUUUCAUGAAAGAUGACUAGAUUUCUGCAGUACAAGAAAUCAGUGUUGAAUUUGAAUUUUAUACUUACAAUUCUUUUUUCAGUAAAUGUAAGACCAUAUUAAUCUGAUCACUUAAGCAUAAUAUUCACUAUCUACUUGCUCAACAUUUUCUUUUUGAGCAGCAUUUGUUUACUGGUAUCCUUUUUUAUUCUCUGAUUUGAGCAUGUUUGUGAUGAAACCUACCCUUCAGUCACUUUAUGAGUCUGUCAUUUAAAAAAAUCUAAAAGAACCCAUAGAUCAGCAUUUUUAUGCAGGUUUAUUGGUAUUUGAUAAGGCACAGCAGUUUGUUGCUGUGCUUAAAAACUACUGUAUAAUCAUGAGACUUGUGAAAUGGCAUAUGUGGGCAGAUGUUGAUUUUUUUAAAAAUCAGUGCCUGUUUUAUUCUAAUGUACAUACUAUGUUACUUCCUUGAUUUGCAGUUUCCUUUUGACAAAAGUACUGUAACAUAUAACCAGGGCUUUCUGACUUUCAGUUUGGUCAGAUGAACUAAUUCCAGAAAGUGUUAACAGUGUCGAAUUUUAAAAGUUCUCAUGGAAUAUCUUGGCAGCAUGCUAUUUUAAGAGUUGGCCUCAAGUAUACCGUACUUAGUGGGACAACUGAAAGCUUCUUAGAUGCAAAGGAAAUGCUUGCACUAAAGUAUCUUAAGUUAAAUUUCAUUUAUUAUGAAAUCCUUUCUGAUUUUAAAAGAAAUGUAAGACAAAUAUGAAUGUGUUCUUUUGAGAAGCAGUUACUGUACUUUGAUUUAAAUAACUGUUAUGAUUUUAUAGCUCAUGGCCGUAAACCACAAAGAGACCAAUUCAUGCUGAAGUGGCGAAAUGAAAUGUGAUGUAGCUUGUGCAUUGAUCAUUGUUUCAAUAAAGAAUUUGCACAGAG